CCCUCGACGCCCUCACAGAAUCGUAUCCACUCGAAUCGCAUCCCCCGCGACUUCUCUAAUAAUACUCAUCAUGAAGCUUACGAACUCCCUCAUCAACUUCUUCCUCGUCUUCAUCGCAACUCUCGUCUCGCUCGUGGCCGCCGCCCCUCUGGCCAAGCGGGACGUCUAUGUCCCCCCUAUUCUGUACCCCCACGCCGGGACGGUGUGGAAGGUCGGAAACCGCCACAAUGUCACCUGGGACACCUCAGAUCCCCCUGCCCAGAUCACUAACCGCUACGGCCGCAUCACGCUGAGGAAGGGCGAGUACAGCUGGAACAACGUCACUCUCGCUUCUGGCUUCGACAUCCUCCUUGGGCGGAUCGAGGUCACGGUUCCCGAUGUGAAUCCUGCAGACGACUAUUCACUCGUCCUCUUUGGCGAUUCUGGCAACUUCAGCCCGCAGUUCACCAUCACCAAAUGAGCUGCGGAAUGACAAUGAGCAGAUUAACGGAUAAUACAAUCAUGACUCGGACCUUCACGACAGAAUGAGCUUUGCUUCACGGACACCUUGACACGGACACAGAAUCGGACCCCCUUCACCACUGUUUUAGUAGCACUCGUGUUUUUUUUGCCCUUCGAAGGACUCUCUCGGACACUUCUUUGCAUGUUGCACUGUAGUUACUUACCUUGCUUUGCCCGAGCAGAUAUGUUAAAAUAGUCUUUGCUGUCAUUGUGCUGUGUAGUGGAAUAGUAGAAUGGCACUUAAUCGUUCUGUAGUGUAGCCAGUGAAGUGCUACGUCCUCAAUUC